CGCAAGUCCGUGGUGUAGUGCAACAGAUGAAAAUUCUGGGACUAGUUCUGGGUGCUGAAUACAGGAGGGCCAGGCUUUGGUUCUGUUAUUGACUGGACGUGAUGCUGUUUGCCAGCCAACCAAUUCCCUUUUCCAAUGUGGAAAAUGGGGGCCUCUCUGAUGGGGAUCAGUGAGCUCACAUGAACCGUCUGGAAAUGGUAUAUAAGAUCCAGUUCUGCUGAAAUAAAGUCUUGUAGAUUAUCAGGAUUGCCUCGCGAAUGUCUCCAAGAAAUCCUAUACAUGUGAUGAAGACUUACGGACACAGACAUGAGUCCCCUUCCUUUUUGUAUUUUUUUUCCUGUUUGUUUUUGGUUAUGUUUUUUGAUCAGCAAGGAUGCUGCUCAUCUUUGCCAUGUUUCUUCUGUUUCCCAUAGUGACUACAGCUCAUAGAGGGAGGGUUGUUCCCUAGCAACUGUUCCUGCCUUUCAGCCUUCAGACCACCUCCAUAGGCUGGACUUCAGCAGGACCUUCCUGCUUGUAAGAAUCACUGUGGCACCCCAUCAGGGACCAUGGACCAGGAGGAAGAGGCGACGGUAGAGGUCCCAGCAUGCCCUGGACUUGAUGUGGCCCAAGGUGACUCUGUGCUGGCCAACAGUGCAUCAGUGGAACCUGAGGAAGGGAAAAACAAGCAUCUUCCAGCAGGCUUAAGUCUCAGCAGACAGAGAACAUCCCAAAAGACUUCCAGCAGAGCCUCUUGCAAGAUCUCCAAAAGCCCAACAGCUCAGGUAACAAUGAAGAAUUCCACAUAUAUUAAAUCCAAGGCAUCUCCUUCUGUAAAGUAUAUUCAGACUAAAAGACAGAGUAAACAGCAUCUCCAAGCCAAAACUCCCCACAUGCAGAAUCAUCAUUCAAGAACAGUUGAAGAAGAAAGAGAAGAUACUUCUGCCACCAAAGACCCGAGAAGCAGGAACAGCAUUUCCCGUCUGUCUGCAGCAUCCAGGCAGAGAGAGGCAGAGAACACCAAAUACAUGUCAAACAGCAAAGAGCUAGUAGCAGGCCAGCAGCAAACCUCAGGUUCUAAAAUGCCUGGAUCUCCGUGGAAGACCACCAAAGCCAAGGAGAUCUGCAGGAGUGCCAGUGAGUCCCUGUCAUCAUUAGCGCCAGAUAUGAAAGCAGAGUGGAAGGUGCCUCUGGAGAAGAAAUACAGUUUCACCCAUGACAACAGCAAAAAUAAAUUUGCCAGUGUAGAUGAACUUACCAGCAAUGAAGAGGCACGGCGAUCUCUGUGCAUGGCAGCGCUCGUCAUGGGACAGAAAAGACUCAGCGACCGCUCUGAGAUGCUAAAAAAAAAGCAGGAGCCAUUUUCUGAUUACAACGAGCUGGGUUUUAACCUGAGGUCAAAUAUCUUCCAAGGUGGCCCACUGGAAAGCAGAAGCUUGAUGAAAGAUUCCUACACGCCUGAUGUAAUUCAGAAGGCAACCAGAGAUCCCAGGAACUGGCAUGGAAGGAGGAUUGACGAUCUAGGGAAGUGGCAUCAGAAAAAUGCCCUAAAUCUUAACCUGCAGAAAGCAUUGGAGGAUAAAUAUGGGAAGAAAAAAGCCAAGCCCUAGAAGAUGAAGGUUAAGUACUGAAUUGCAUUCACCAGCCGAUCUUCUUCAGCCAUCUAAUAAACUUCCACGCAGAGCACAAACCCAUGGCUUAA